AUGGGCAGCGGGGGCGGCAGGAUGCCCUCGCCGCCCGGCCUGCGGCUCCUCCUCCUCCUGCAGCCGGUCCUGCUCCUGGCCCUGCAGCCCGCCGCCGCCCGCCGAUGCCCGCCCAACAUCCGCAGCUGCAAGUGCGCGGGGGAGCGGCCCAAGGGGCUCGCCGCGGGACCGGCAGGAGCAGGAGGAGCAGGAGGAGGAGGAGGAGGAGGAGCAGGGGGCGUCCCCCCCAGCCCCACCCGCCGCAGGGUGGUCUGCACCGGCGGGGACCUCCCGGAGCCGCCCGACCCCGCACUCCUGCCCAACGGCACCGUCACCCUGCUCCUGGGCAACAACAAGAUCGUGGGCCUGAGGAACGGCUCCUUCCGUGGGCUGCAUGCGCUGGAGAAGCUGGACUUGAAAAACAACCUCAUCAGCACAGUACAGCCUGGAGCCUUUCUGGGACUGGGGGAAUUAAAACGUCUAGACCUCUCCAACAACCGGAUUGGCUGCCUCUCCUCUGCCAUCUUCCAGGGACUCUCCAGCCUCCUCCGUCUAAACAUGUCCGGGAACAUCUUCUCUAGCCUGCAGGCUGGGGUGUUUGAUGAACUGACUUCCUUGAAGGUUGUGGACUUUGGCACGGAGUAUCUGACCUGUGACUGCCGCCUGCGCUGGGCCUUGCCCUGGGCCCGCAACCACUCGGUGCAACUGUCGGAGCGGACCCUGUGCGCCUAUCCCAGUCCCCUGCAUGGCCAAGCCCUGCGCGGCCUCCGGGAUGCCCAGCUCCGCUGUGUGGGCGCCCCGGAGCUGCACACUCACCACCUGAUCCCCUCGCUGCGCCAGGUGGUGUUCCAGGGAGAUCGCCUGCCCUUCCAGUGCACCGCCAGCUACCUGGGCCGUGGCACCCGCAUCCGCUGGUACCACAACCGGAUGCCCGUGGAGGGUGAUGAACGGGCGGGCAUUAUCCUGGAGGAGAGCCUGGUUCACGACUGCACCUUCAUCACCAGUGAGCUGAUCCUGUCCAACAUCCACGUGUGGGCUUCCGGGGAGUGGGAGUGUUCUGUGUCCACCGCCCAAGGGAAUGCCAGCAAGAGCGUGGAGAUUGUAGUGCUGGAGACUUCGGCUUCCUACUGCCCUGCCGAGCGAGUCGCCAACAACCGGGGAGACUUCAGGUGGCCCCGCACCCUGGCGGGCAUCACCGCCUACCAGUCCUGUCUCCAGUACCCUUUCACCUCCGUGCCCCUCAGCGGGGGCGCUCCGGGCACCAGGGCCUCCCGCCGCUGCGGCCGUGCCGGCCGCUGGGAACCAGGAGACUACUCCCAUUGUCUGUACACCAACGACAUCACCCGGGUGCUCUACACCUUUGUCCUGAUGCCCAUCAAUGCUUCCAACGCACUGACCCUGGCGCACCAAUUGAGGGUGUACACUGCCGAGGCAGCUGGCUUCUCUGACAUGAUGGACAUUGUCUACGUGGCUCAGAUGAUUCGUAAAUUCCUGGGCUACGUAGACCAGAUCAAGGAGCUCGUGGAGGUGAUGGUGGACAUGGCCAGCAACCUAAUGCUGGCGGAUGAACACCUGCUGUGGCUGGCCCAGAGAGAGGACAAGGCCUGCAGCGGCAUCGUGGGGGCUCUGGAGCGCAUCGGGGGGGCCGCCCUCAGCCCCCACGCUCAGCAUAUCUCUGUGAACUCACGGAACGUGGCUCUGGAAGCAUACCUCAUCAAACCCCACAGCUACGUGGGCCUCAGCUGCACGGCCUUCCAGCGACGAGAGGGAGGAGGGGGCCUGGGGCCCCGGCCAGGGUCCCCCAUCCAGGACCCCCGGCCAGACCCCGAGCCCCCCUCCGACCAGCAGCUCCGCUUCCGCUGCACCACCGGACGGCCUAACGUCUCUCUGGCAGCCUUUCACGUCAAGAACAGCGUGGCCCUGGCCUCAAUCCAGCUGCCCCCGAGUCUGUUCUCAGCCCCGCCGGCCGCCCUGGCCCCUCCAGUCCUCCCAGACUGCACCCUACAGCUGCUCGUCUUCCGCAACGGACGCCUCUUCCGAAGCCACGGUAACACCUCCCGCCCUGGAGCUUCGGGGCCGGGCAAGAGGCGUGGAGUCGCCACCCCAGUGAUCUUCGCGGGAACCAGUGGCUGUGGGGUAGGGAAUCUCACAGAGCCAGUGGCUGUCUCCCUGCGGCACUGGGCGCAAGGGGCUGAUCCCGUAGCAGCUUCCUGGAGCACGGAGGGCCCGGGAGGGCCGGGAGGACCGGGAGGCUGGAGCUCUGAGGGCUGCCAGCUCCGCUUCAGCCAACCCAACGUCAGCUCCUUGCACUGCCAACACCUGGGCAAUGUUGCUGUGCUCAUGGAGCUGAGCGCUUUUCCGCAGGAGGCGGGGGGUGCGGGAGCAGGGCUGCACCCUGUCAUCUACCCCUGCACAGCCCUGCUGCUGCUCUGCCUCUUCUCCACCAUCAUCACCUACAUCCUCAACCACAGCUCCAUCCACGUCUCCCGGAAGGGCUGGCAUAUGCUGCUUAACCUCUGCUUCCACAUGGCCAUGACCUCGGCCGUCUUCGCAGGUGGCAUCACCCUCACCAACUACCUGAUCAUCUGCCAGGCCGUGGGCAUCACCCUGCACUACUCCUCGCUGUCCACGCUGCUCUGGAUGGGGGUGAAGGCCCGCGUGCUCUACAAGGAGCUCACCUGGAGGGGGCCACCCCCCCAGGACGGGGGGGACCUCGGCCCUCCUGCCCCACGCCCCAUGCUCCGGUUCUACCUGAUCGCUGGGGGCAUUCCGCUCAUCAUCUGUGGCAUCACGGCUGCUGUCAACAUCCACAAUUACAGGGACCACAGCCCCUACUGCUGGCUGGUGUGGCGUCCAAGCCUGGGGGCCUUCUACGUGCCAGUGGCCUUGAUCCUGCUCGUAACCUGGAUCUACUUCCUCUGUGCCGGACUGAGCUUGCGAAGGGACCGGGGGCAAGGCCCCAAGGGGGUCCCCUGCGGGUCCUCACUAGAGCCAGGUGAAGAGCUCCCGGCCCGGCUCCGGCCCGGCGGCCCCCUCUUAAGUGACUCGGGCUCCCUGUCGGCAGCCAGGGGGCUGGGGGGGACUUCGUCGGGUGCUCGAGGGACCGGGGAUGGCGUCUACUCUCCUGGGGCCCAGCUGGGGGCCCUGGUGACCACCCAUUUCCUUUAUCUGGCCCUGUGGACCUGUGGAGCUCUGGCCGUGUCCCAGGACUGGCUGCCCCAGGUAGUGUGCAGCUGUCUGUACGGGGUGGCCGCCGCUGCCUUGGGCCUCUUCGUCUUCACCCACCACUGCGCCCGGCGCCAAGACGUCCGGGCCUCCUGGCACGCCUGCUGCCCCUCCCCGCGCGGGCCGCCCCACCCUCUGCCCGUCCCCCCCGAGGAGAGCUCCCCGGCCUUCGGGGAGCGAUCCCCCUCCCUCAAGUCUUCCCCGGCCGGCAGCAGCAGCGGGGGCGGCCACGCCUCGCACCUAGGCCCCUGCAAACUCACCAACCUGCAGGUGGCCCAGAGCCAGGUGUCUGAGGGUGGCACGGCCUCUCGGGGGGAGGAGCCCGAGCCUCCCGCCCCCCGCGUCCCCACCUCCCGCCACCCCAACAAUCUCCACCCCGGGCGCCGGGCGCACAAGAGCCGGUGCAAGGGGCAGCGAGGCGGAGAGGGGGGAAGCAAACACCGGCCGAAGGCCCCGAGGGCAGGGGUGGCGGGGGCGGCUCCGGCCUCGGAGCCACCGCCGUCCAGUGAGAGCGGCAGCCUGCGCAACAGCCCCUCCGAGAGCUAUCCCAGCAGCAACUGCAACAGCCCGGGGACCAGCCCGCGGGACGGGGAGCCCGGCCCCACGCCCUCAGAGGGCAGCGACGCCAGCGGGCCCCCGGGCCGCCCCGAGCCCGGGAGGGCGGCCCAGCGCCGCAGCGCCAGCCGGGACAACCUCAAAGGAGGGGCGGGGGGAGGCCUGGAAAAGGAGAGCAAGCGCCGUUCGUACCCUCUCAACACCGCCAGCCAGAACGGGGGCCUGAAGGGCGGCAAGUAUGACGACAUCAAUCUGGCCGCUGUGGAGGGGGCGGGCGGCAGCUGCAUGAAGACGGGCCUCUGGAAGAGCGAGACCACGGUCUAGAUCUGAGGGUGGGGGGACGAGCCACAGGAGGGCCUCUGCCCCCCACUACCGGAGUCUGGGGAGAACAGGGAGCCCUAGCUGCCCCACACGAGGUUAACCACACUGGGGCCGGGAGCUGGCCGACGGUAGCCACCUCCACCCCUCCACCUGCCCCGCUAAUGGACGGGUGCCAGCUAAUGGACACUGCUCCUUGUCCUGCCUGUUCUCUGUGAGGGAGGGCGGGGGAUGGGGGCACUGGCUGGGACACUGCAGAGAGGAAGUGACAAUCGUUGGAAUUCAUGCAGCUUACACAUUAUCUCUUCUAGACCUGUCAACCCAGGCCUGGCCCAAGUGCCUAGACACCAUCCAGGGGGAGAAUGCUUAUUUUCCCCUCUAGGCAGCAAUGCCCCACCCCACGACACUACACACACACACACAAAAAAAAAAAUCAGCAAAGGGCAGUCUCUGGGACCCAAAUCCCAAGGCUCCUUCACUCUCACUUAGGCAUUUUUCCCACUGGAGCCUAGAACACAGAUGAAAGAGGACAAAGGGGUCCUCUCAAGCCCCUCUGUUGUCACUGGAGACAAUCGGAUCACUUUCCACGAGCCAAACCCCCGAUCACUUCAGCUCUGGGAGCAGCUCUGGGUUAGGAAGAGGCCAGAGUCGGGUUGGGAUUGAGCUCUAUGCUAAGACUGCUGCUCCAGAAGCAGACUAGGCAAAGGGGGAGCGUGGGAUUCCUGAGGAGACAAGACAACCUUGGGGAGAGGAGGAUGGGGCAGGGAGAGUGGGGCACGUCUGAACUUUCUGCAACCAAAGAGGGAACCAGGGGGUCACCAAGGGGGGAAGGCCCCUGAUUUGUAGCUCGACGUGGACUCGAACUUCUCGAGACACGGACCAAUGGAACCCUUUAAACUCUUCCUGAGGCAGAACGCCUGAUCCUGCCAGGCAGCUAGGAGAGGAGGCGGGGAGGGCUUGGGAUGGGCAUCUGAACUGUCCUCACCCAAGGAGAGUGAGUCUAAAGCCAGCAAACCCCUGAGCUGAAGUGGUGGGACUGGGGAAAGCACUUACUUCCCAAUUCCAAAGCCCAGCCCACUCUCUCAGCAAAGGACAGAAACUCCUGACAUUAGCUGUGGCGUCUCCCCUGGGGACAGCGGUGAGGGAGAGGCGGCGGGGGUAGGGUGCGGUGGGGCUGGGGCGUGGGGGGCGGGUUAGGAGCAUUCCUUGCCUCUCCUGAAGACAGAGAGCAAGCCGCCCGUUGCUGUCAGAGUCACCACCCGGGAAGCCAUUCCUCUCACAGCCGAACCCCGGUGCCCCAAAACGACCCUAUCACCCGCUAAUCCCGUCCAGCGUGAGACUGAACCCCAUCCUUUCCCAAGGCAGUACAUCCACAGCACUUAAAGGGGACCUAACAUUCUCUCUCGGGGCCACGCUGCACAGCUGGGGCCCACGCCUUCACUCUUCUUCUGCUCCCAGUACUUACUCAUCUUUUCCCAGUCUGGAAGGUGGCUAUCGGUCCUAGGUUCCAGGACAGCUACGAGAGGGGGAAAGCUUCCACGUUAAGCCCGGGAGGCGAGAGCAACCCAAAGUCCUGCCUUCUCCUCAGGGUGGGCCACCCCAGGUUCAUCCCUAAGAGAAGAGAAGGUUGUGGAGAGAGGAAGGAGACACGACCCCGUUGCUUAGGGCAUGCUCUGUUAUAUAUGCUUGCUGCACGGUGACAGUAUUAGAGAAAGGAAAAAAAGCUUUGUAUUAUUCUUCCACAUAUGCUGACCGCUGUUUACAUACCUUGCCAAUGCCUUAGCACUGGAGAGCUUUUUGCAAUAUACUGGGGAAGGACAAGGGGGGAGGAGGGAAUGAAAGGUGCCAAAGAAACGUGUUUUUCAAACUCGGGUUUUAUACAGAAUGUUUUCUAGCAGAUGCCUCUUGUUUAAUAUAUUAAAGAUUCGCCAAGUCCCCUCAA